AUGUCAUCAACAAUAAAGAAAAUAGUUAGAUUUCAAUGUAGUGAUAAACCAGCGAGUAGAUACAAUUGCAAAUUAGGUGGAACACCUUAUUUACCAAAAGGAUUUGAAUAUCCAAAAGACUUAACUACUGGGAGUCCAUUGUCUUUUAUUAUGCAAAUCAAUUUUGAAGAAUUUGAAGCAUUAGAAAAUUAUCCAACAAAAGGAAUUUUACAAUUUUAUAUUUUAAUAGAUGAUUCAGAAGAGUAUGGAAUUAAUUGUGAAGACAUAACAAAACAAGAAAAGUUUAGAGUUGUUUAUUUUGAAACAAUUGAAAAAGAUGAAUCCAAAUUACAAGAAGCACCAACCAUCGAAUGUGACGAGGAAAUUAAUCCAAUAAAAACACCUUGUUUAUUAAUUCCAGAACAUGGAGAAAUGGGAAUUUCACCUAGUUGUUAUCAAUUUAAUCAAAUUGUUGAUAAAUAUGCAAUGAAAUAUGAAAUAGAUGAAGCAGAAGAAGAAGAUAAUUUGAGUGAUUAUCUUUUUGAUUUCUUUCUUGUUGAAGAAGACAUUCAUAUUGGUGGAUAUUCUGCAUUUGCACAAGAAGAUCCUCGAGACAUAACUGGUCAGGACAAAGACCUUACUGAAACUCUUCUUCAAAUUGGAAGUAUUCCUGGAGCAUCAAAUGGUUCUGAUUAUACAAUGUGGGGAGAUUGUGGUAUUGCUAAUUUCUAUAUUAGUUUGGAAGAUCUUAAAGCAUGUAAAUUUACUCGAGUUGGCUAUACUUUGGAUAGUUGCUAA